AAAAAUGUGAGAAUGUCGUGAAGAACGGAACUCAGGGACACCGCUAAUAGCAACCACUAGGGACCCUCUGAUGGGACACCACGUGACAAUUUGCAACAAAAUCUAAGAGUCCAGCGCAGGGUACAAGCUAACGACACCAUUUAAUUUCAACAGGAAACUCAAGCGUGGUCUCCACGGCAAGGCCUGUCAUGCCUCCCUCAUCAGCAGCAAGUUUGGGCCAUACCCCUCCGGACGGUGGAUGGGGUUGGGUCGUGGUGCUUGGGUCCUUCAUCUCCAUUGGCUUCUCCUACGCCUUUCCCAAAGCCAUCACUGUCUACUUCAAAGAGAUCCAAGAAUACUUCAGUGUAACUUACAGUGAGAUUGCCUGGGUGUCCUCCAUUAUGCUGGCUACUAUGUACGCAGGAGGGCCAGUGAGCAGCAUACUGGUCAAUCGCUAUGGCAGCCGACCUGUGGUCAUUGCUGGUGGGAUUAUGUGUGCAGUUGCCAUGGUUACUGCCUCUUUCGCCAAUUCCAUUGUGCAUUUGUAUAUAUGCGUUGGAAUCAUUGGAGGGUUUGGGCUGGCCUUUAAUCUCCAGCCAUCCCUGACCAUAAUAGGGAAGUACUUCCUGGUGAGGAGGCCCAUAGCUAAUGGCCUUGCCAUGGCUGGAAGCCCGGUGUUUCUGUGCACCUUGGCUCCCCUCAAUCAGUUCUUGUUUGACACGUUUGGGUGGAGAGGAAGCUUUUUCAUCCUGGGAGCCCUGCUGUUGAACUGCUGUGUGGCCGGGGCUCUGAUGAGACCCAUCGGAGGGAAACCCAAAGAGAACCAGAUCUCCAAACCUGACAGAACCACGAAUGAUCACAGCAUCACCAACGGCGCUAAAACUCCCACUGAGUCAGCGAGCGGGGAUCAGGACAAAGCAGGGUGCAUGGACAAGAUAGACGGGUUCAUCGACCUCUCGCUCUUCAAGCACAGAGGCUUCACCAUCUACCUCAUAGGGAACGUGAUCAUGUUUUUUGGCUUCUUCGCCCCCAUCGUCUUCCUGGCCCCGUACGCCAAGCACCAGGGCAUGGAUGAGUAUUCGGCCGCUUUCCUGCUCUCCAUCCUGGCUAUGGUGGACAUGGUUGCCAGGCCAGGAACGGGGCUGGUGGCCAACACAAAGUGGAUCCGUCCCAGGAUCCAGUACUUCUUCAGCUUCUCUGUGGCCUACAACGGCGUGUGCCACCUCCUGUGCCCCCUGGCAUCCGGGUAUGGAGGACUGGUCACCUAUGCCAUUUUCUUUGGCACCGCUUUUGGUAUGGUGUGCGCCUUGCUCUUUGAAUGCCUCAUGGAUCAGGUUGGAGCUCAGCGGUUCUCCAGCGCAGUUGGACUUGUGACCAUCAUCGAAUGUUGUCCAGUGCUUCUUGGACCACCAAUGGGAGGGGCGCUGGUGGACCUCUUCAAUGACUACAAGUACAUGUACUACACAUGUGGGGCUGUAAUGCUGGCUGCUGGGCUGUUCCUCUUCAUUAUGAACUUCUACAACUACAGGCUGCUGGAGCAGGAGAAGAAGCAGCAGGAGAAGGACGUGGAACUGUCGUCAGCCGAGAAGGCGAGCAUGAGAGAAGAAGAGGCUAAAGAAAAAGAGGACCCCGCCCAGCAGGAGGAGUAACUGCAGGCCAGCCACGCCUGACCAGAGAGGCUUCGCCCCAGAGGCCCAGCGUGACAACACAGAUUACCCAGCGAGAGUUCACCUCUGUCUCCCACAAACGGCUCUGUGUGACCUCUGCAGGAACAAAUGUAAUUACUGUACCACUCUACAAUAACCCAAUUUAACUGAGCUUGCUCUCUCUGUCUCAUUCUCCAUCUCUCUCUCUCCCCCUCAAAUUUUUUCCUCUGUAUGUUGCACAGUAUUUAUUUUUACUUGAAUUUAUGGAUCAGUUUGACUCUACAUCAGAAUGAGAAGAAACAGACUACAUAUGGAAGAAUAUAAUUUUUUUUUCUUUUGUUUGGCUCUGAUAUGAGCUUUGUUUAAUGGAGAACAUGUCGUCUUCAUGGUAUUUUACAAACAACAGUACAGCGAAUCAUAGUUAAUUCUCAGUAGCAAUCUAUAGCUGGCAUGAAUCAGAUUUUUAUACAGUAUGUUUUUACUUUUUAAAUCAGUAAACUAAUACAAUUUAUAUUAAGGUAGAAGUCUGUAAAUGUAUACUGUGAAGGAUGAGAGACAUACUGCAUUACCUCAUUACCAUUUGCUGCUAAUGAAAAUAAUAUUCAGAUUUAUUCGAGUUUUGUCUUUUCGUGUCUAAUCAUUCGCUUCGAUUUAAAACUGCAGCAGAACAGUUUGCUGUGUAAUAAACAACAAAUAACAUUU